CACCUCAACUCGUCCUUUCCGAAACCCUAGUCGCAGGGUUUUGCGCAAUACAAAAUCUCAGCCAUUUUCCCUCAUUUUCUCGGCACCACCGCAAAGAUGGUGAAGAAGACGGAGAGGAAGGUCAACAUCUCCGGCAAGCCGAAGCACUCUCUGGAUGCAAACCGUUCCGAUGCCAAGGCCAAGAACAAGGACGCGCGUACCGGCGCCACUGUCCGCCGCCUCAAGAUGUACAACACCAGGCCCAAGCGUAACAGCAAGGGAAAGGUCCUGAGGAACGAGUUCCAGUCCAAGGAGCUGCCUAACACUCGUAUCCAGCCUGAUCGCCGCUGGUUUGGGAAUACUCGGGUUGCGUCUCAGCAGCAGCUUGACAUCUUCCGCGAGGAGCACAGUAGGACGGUUUCGAGUAAUUACAAUGUUAUUUUGAAGGGGAAGCAAUUGCCGUUGUCUCUCUUGAAUGACCAUCAGAAGCAAACCAGAGUUCAUCUUCUAGAGAGAGAGACAUUUUCUGAUGUAUUUGGACCUAAGACAAAGAGGAAACGUCCAAAGCUCCUUGCGGCAGAUUAUGAGUCCUUAGCUAAGAAGGCUGAUGGUUCUCAGGAUGUGUUUCAGGAGAAGCAUGCUGAUGACAGUGUUGUAGAAGGUAAUGAAGCAGAUGGAUUUAGGGACCUAGUUCGGCAUACAAUGUUUGAGAAGGGCCAAAGUAAACGUAUUUGGGGUGAGCUCUACAAAGUGAUAGACUCUUCUGAUGUGGUUGUCCAGGUUUUGGAUGCAAGGGACCCACAAGGUACAAGAUGCCACCACUUAGAGAAGCAUUUGAAAGAGCAUUGCACGCAUAAACACUUAAUUCUUUUGUUAAACAAGUGUGAUUUGGUUCCUUCAUGGGUGCUUAGCCGUUGGUUGAACGUAUUAAAGACUGAAUUUCCAACUAUUGCAUUUCAUGCUAGCGUCAAUAAAUCAUUUGGCAAGGGAACUCUUCUAUCAGUUUUGAGACAAUUCGCCCGUUUGAAAAGUGACAAGCAGGCCAUUUCUGUGGGAUUUGUUGGGUAUCCCAAUGUUGGAAAGUCAUCUGUUAUCAACACAUUGCGAACUAAAAAUGUUUGCAAAGUUGCUCCUAUCCCAGGGGAGACUAAAGUGUGGCAGUAUAUAACACUCACAAAGAGGAUUUUCUUGAUUGAUUGCCCUGGAGUUGUCUAUCAAAGUGGUGAUUCUGAAACAGAUAUUGUACUGAAGGGCGUGGUACGUGUUACAAAUUUGCAGGAUGCUACAGAACACAUAGGAGAAGUUCUAAAACGAGUUAAGAAGAUCCACCUGAAAAGAGCAUAUAAGAUAGACAACUGGGAGGAUGAUAAUGACUUCCUGUGUCAGCUAUGCAAAUUGUCAGGCAAACUUUUGAAGGGUGGUGAACCCGACUUGAUGACUGCAGCAAAGAUGGUCCUCCACGACUGGCAGAGGGGUAAGAUACCAUUUUUUGUGCCACCACCAAAAAGAGAAUCGCCAAUGGGGGAGCCUGAUAUAAAUCACAAUAAAGAAGACACUGUGGAAGAUAACAAUCAGGCUGCAGCUUAUCGAGCCAUUGGAGAUAUUAUUGCAUCUCAGAAGGUGAGCACUAUCCCUGUGCAAAGGGAUCUUUUCAGUGAAGAAGAGUUAAAGGGCGAUGAAGGACCCGAACAGGUCCCAGCCACUGAAAUAUCCGAGAAGUCUCCAGAGUCGGACGAUGAAGUAUCUGAGCACAGUGACUCCGAGGAUGACGCGGCUGAACAGUCUGAGGAUUCUGAAGACAACUAAGCCUCCAACACGUGUGUCACGGAAGGUGUUUUUGUAGUCCAUAAAUGUUAUGUUAGCGUUUUCUUUUCAGACGAACCUCAUCUCGAAAACAAGUACGAGUAAUUUAUUUUGUUUGGGUUUUUUUCAACUGUGAAAUCUUUUAUGAAGUGGUAUUAAACUUGAUGUUUGUUU